AGAUAAUCCAAACGGAAAAUAAGUGAGGGAGAUACGUGUGAGACAUAGCGAGAGUGUGAGAGAGAGAGAGAGAGAGAGACAUCAAUCUCCCCUCCAAGAGGAACUGCACACAGGUGGACAAAAUGAAAUUAACACCCCGCCGAAACGCUCACCUGCAGCUCCUUAUGAUGCUGCUGGCCCUGAUGACGCUGUUGCCCAGUGUAUCGAUGGCCAAAGGCAAGAACAAAAACAAAUCGAAUCAAAAUGCUCAUUACAAUAGCGAUUCAUCUGCAUCUUCCUCCUCUUCGUCCUCGUCGUCAUCAUCAUCAUCGUCGAGUGGUGGAAGUUUAGAGGGGGGCAGCAAAUCGAAGGGCCAUCAGGAUGGCAUCAGUAAUGGCCAGCACUUUGCCAUGGAGCCGCAGGAUCAAACCGCUGUGGUUGGCUCCCGUGUGACAUUGCCCUGUCGGGUGAUGGAGAAAGUUGGUGCUCUGCAAUGGACCAAAGAUGACUUUGGUCUGGGACAACAUCGCAAUUUGAGCGGCUUUGAGCGUUACUCGAUGGUUGGCAGCGAUGAAGAGGGCGACUUCUCAUUGGACAUCUAUCCGGUGAUGCUGGACGACGAUGCCAAAUAUCAAUGCCAAGUUGGCCCCGGCCCGCAGGGGCAGCAGGGGAUACGUUCGCGUUUUGCCAAAUUGACGAUCCUAGUGCCGCCAGAGGCACCAAAAAUAUUGCAAGGCGACUAUCUGGUCACCACAGAGGAUCGUGAAAUCGAAUUGGAAUGCAUUUCGGUGGGCGGCAAGCCAGCAGCUGAGAUCACUUGGAUCGAUGGCUUGGGCAAUGUCCUAACCAAGGGGAUUGAAUAUGUUAAAGAGCCCUUGUCCGAUUCGCGACGCAUUACGGCCAAGUCCAUAUUGAAGUUGGCCCCCAAGAAGGAGCAUCAUAACACAACGUUCAGUUGUCAGGCCCAGAAUACAGCGGAUCGCACAUAUCGAUCGGCGAAACUUUUACUCGAAGUGAAAUAUGCACCAAAGGUCGCCGUGUCCGUGGUGGGUGGAGCCUUGGCCGGUGGCCGUAUACCAGAAGGAGCCGAGGUCAUACUUAGCUGUCAAGCAGAUGCCAAUCCCCAUGAGCUUAGCUAUCGUUGGUUCAUCAAUGAUGAACUUAUGACGGGAGAUUUCACCACAAGAAUGAUCAUACAUAAUGUAACCCGACAAUAUCACGAUGCCAUUGUCAAAUGCGAAGUGGUCAAUGCUGUGGGCAAGAGCGAAGAAAGCGAAACCCUGGACAUUAGUUUUGCUCCCGUAUUCCGUCAACGUCCUGUUAGUGUCGAAGCAGAUUUGGGUGAAACUGUAUCCAUGCGUUGCGAAGUGGCUGGCAAUCCUACACCAGAAAUUGAAUGGAUCAAAGAGAACUCCGAUCAGAUUGUUGGCCGAGCCCCGGAACUUAAGCUGGAGGUGAAUACGGGCACUGCUGGACGGUAUUUUUGCAAGGCAGUGGUCAAUGGUUUCCCGGAAAUUGGUGCCGAGGCCACCGUAUAUGUGAAACGUGCUCCGGUCAUUACAUCGCACAAGAUUCAAUUCGGUGCUGUGGGCAGUCGAGUGAAAAUCGAUUGUUUAGCCUUUAGUAUACCCAAAGCGGAGCAUAUUCUGUGGUCCUUUGAGGGUAAACUGAUCAAUAUGAGUAGUGCCGAUCCAGAUAUCUAUAUAUUCGAGGAGCAUCAUCUGCCCGAAGGUGUGCGGGCGGCGUUAAUCAUCAAGGAGAGCCGUUCGACCCAUUUUGGCAAAUACAAUUGCACAGUCCUCAAUUCCUAUGGCAGUGACUCAUUGAUUAUCACAUUGGUCCGUGAACCGGCCAAUAUACCCGUGCUUCUUGUGGUCAUGGCCUCCAUGUCAUCGGUGGCCAUCAUUCUGUUGAUCGUGAUGAUUGUCAUUGUGUAUAAGAAGCGGCGCAGCCGUAAGAAACCCAUGCCAGCUGAUGUCAUACCCGAAGCAUCGCGCGGCGGCGAUAAACUCAAUGAACUGAAGAGCGAAUUGCGUUCCAAGGCGGCGGCAGCUGCAGCAGCCUCUGCCUACGAUGUUGAAUACUCGGAGGCGGGUAAUGACGGUCUAAUGGCCAUUAAUCUAACCCAAGCCCCCAUGCCCGAUGUCCAAAUGAAGGGGGCCACAUUGGGCGUCCCCCUGGCCGGACCCGUCAAAUUCGAUGAACGUUUCUCCGGGGAUUUCGGCAGUGUGGAUCGUUAUGCCAGCAAUCGCCAACAGCAGUGUCAUCUCAAGAAUGCCAAGAAUCACCCCCAGCAGCAGCAACAGCAGGAGAGCAGCAGCAAUGGUUAUGCCCCAUACUUUGAAUAUGCCCUCGACUAUAGUCCACCAGGCAGUGCUGUGGAUGGAUCAAAUCAACACCACAAAUCCAAAUCAACGAUCAUUAAUUCGGCCACCUUGCCGCAUUCAGCUGCAGCUGCAGCUGCUGCUGCUGCAGGAUCAGGUGGACCUAACAGCGGCAACGGCACUGGUGGUGGGGCUAGCCUGCCUCGAAAUCAACGUCAUGAACAGCAACAGCAGGCCAAUGGAUUUUUGGGUCAACCGCUGCUCCAGAACGGCAUCGAUAGUCGCUUCAGUGCCAUCUAUGGCAAUCCGUAUUUACGCACCAAUUCAUCGAUAUUGCCACCACUACCACCGCCCAGUACAGCCAAUCCAGCGGCCACACCAGCCCCACCGCCCUAUCAUGCCGCCCGGCAUGGCCAUUCCGCUAACAAUGGUGGCCUCAAGCACUUUGGCCUCAAUCACCACCAUCACCAUCAUCCCAUGAUGGCCAGCAGUAGCAGUCAGAGUGGCGGCAUCGGCAUUGGCAUUGCCGGUGGUGCAGGCGGUUCUAGUGGUGCCGGACCGGGUAGUGUCAGUGGCAGCAGUUCCAAUUUGACUGCCAGCAGUAAUACAUUGGCUGCCACUCCGCUGGGCAGUCAGCAGCAGCAGCAACAGCAGCAGCAGUCGGCCAUCGGCCAGAGUGCUCAGAGUCCUUCCGGGCAGUUCAUAUUGCCCACCAAUGGCAAAGGCAUCACACAGAAGGGACCGUUGGCCACGCAUGUCUAAAUACGGACGCUGGAUCGAUCGCUUCCCUCCUUCGAAACGCAUCUGCUUUAGUCAAUGUUUGUUUUUUUUUCCAUUUUGAGUUGAUUUUUCAUUUUUUUUUUUUAGUAGUAUUAUUCUGUUUGUCAAUUGGAUAAAGCCAUUAGCACUAUUCGUAACUCGUAAUAUUGUCUAGAAUUCUACAAGUAGUGAAUAAGUGAGAAAGAUAUGUAAAGAAUUUCGGUCGAACCGAAUUCUCUAUAUCCUUGCAGCAAUCCAAUCCUGACAGCAAUUAUUCUAUCCUUUUCGGUCCUUUUCUUUAUGGUACCCAGUACUUCCGUUUGAUAUAACUUAUCUAUCAUUUCUCUCUCUCUCUCUCUCUC